AUGUUUAAGCGCUCGGCUCCAGUGAAUGCCGUGAGUAGCUCGAAUGACUCGGAAUUGGCAGACGAGUACGACGGCUGGUUCCUCCUCGUGUGGCCCAAGGCAAGCCGCCUCGGCUACGACCGCACGAUCGCGCUCUUGCGCGCCAACGUUGACGGGGACGUCAACGACGACCUUGGCUACGGGUCACUUCACUGUAUCUUUGAAGCGGCUUUCCGAUUCUUCUACCCGCAGCCCCAGCACGACGAUGGCCGCGAGCCAACGCAAGUCACAAGCAAGAUGGCGUCUUUGCUCUACGAUCAUGGUGACCUGCACCUCAUUGAGACGUUCUUGGACGUUCACGAUCAGUGGGCUGACGACGAAACCAUGGCGAAUUGGAUCCUUGCGGUGCUCCGACGGUUUGGCGCGCCUCUGGUUUCUCUCGCAACGGCCAACGACGUACUCGCACAAACGAUCGUAUGCGACUGCAUCCCGCUGUGGUGGCCUCGCCUCUUGGACCACCUCGCCAAGACCCACUAUAGUGAGAAGAAGGCGCUGCACCUUGUGUUUGACGUUGAGACGUACAUGCUCGAGCACCCGAUGGACGUGGCGACGUCAAAGUACUUAACCCAGCACUUGCCCGAUGGCGUCGUGCGCAUAGUGGCAACGUACCUCGCGCCGCCACUCGCGUCGCUGCUGGACGCAUUGCGAUGCAAAAUGCCCCUCGCUGGCUACCUCCCGUCCGUCGUGUGGCCGCGUCGGGACGCACUCAGCAGCAUGCGCCUCGCCUCUUGCAUUGCGCUCGCAACCGAGUAUUUGUGUUCUCCCGGGGAGCACCGCCACUUUUCGACGGGCCAUCUGCCAAGCCUGGUGUACUUGGCGCUGCUGACGGUCGGAACACCUGCGUUUGGCAAGGUCGACGCCGAAGUGCAAAUAUGGCGGCACCAUUGCACCUUUCGAGCCGCGUGCGCGAGAAUCACGAAGAAGAUGCUGUUCAGCACGAUGCAAGCGGUUGUCAUGGAAGAGUACUACGUGUCGUCGUGGACACGGCAUUUUCACAAAGGAUAAGAUAUUACCGGUACUUGAAUACAAACUGGAAGCACCGGAACUGUAGACG